GCUCCGCCUUAUUGUUCACAAAGAGCUGGGACACGCCGCGGGUGACAGAUCCCGAGCACGGGGCGUCGCACACGGCACAGACAGGACACGCACAAAGCUGUCUGCAUGUACGCGCUGUGUGUGUGAUGCUCGGUACUACUGUGUGCGCGCAGCACCGUGCCUGGCGCGUGUAAUCUCCUCAUAUUGUGCUUUACAGCCUUUUAUUUAGCUAACAAACGUGCCUGAUAUUCUGAGACUUUCCCCAUACUAACUAUAUAUAUUUAUACACACAUUACUUAUAUACACACACACACACAUAUAUUUAUAGAAAAAGAGAUAUGGAGGUGAACAUACCACAGCAGUUUGCCAGUCAGGGAUAACUGUAUUGGGCCACUUUAAAAAGGACCUAAAAAGUCAAACCUGAAACAGUAGGAGAUUCUCAACAAAGACUUAAUCGUUCAGAAACUUGCAAAGGUUUACAUAACCUAAUGUCAUGAAUGUUGAAGUGGAUCAUAUGGAGGAAAAGGCUGUUCAUUCUUGGUCACGACUCUCCUCUGCAGGACAGAUAGCGCUUGAGGAAGCUCUGAGGGUUUUCAAUCCAAUGUCUAAAGAUCUGACUGACACUGAAACGCAGCUGGUAACUUUUCUGCAAGGGCUAAGAGAGGAAGGCUUUCAGCCAACUAUUUUAAGCAGUAAAGAUGUAUAUGGUUAUAAUUCUACUACUGCAAAUGCUCCCCCUCAAGCAAAAUGUGCUCCUAAAAUGGUUUCUGUACCUGCCAAAAACCAAUCAAAAACCUCAACAAGUAAAGUGUCCAAUACAUCGGUUGCCAUAUCUGUAAACUCUGCUAAAGCUGGAACAAAACAUUCCUCUAAACAUUCCACAAACUUGCUGUUGCGUUCUUUAAAACAGUCUGAAUAUGGUAAAUCCAAGUCUACAACAGUGGGCUUUCCAUCCCAUAUGUAUCCUGGUGUUUACCCUGCCAUGAGGUUGUCUGUGGUCCUGGAAGCCCUGGUUCCAUUGGAAACAAAGCUUAAACAUUCUGUAGGUGCUUCUUCAAAAAAAAAGUCUUCAACGGGAAAGAGAAUCACAGAAGUGUCACAACAUAAUUCCAAAAAAUCUACACCUACUUCUGGAAAUCACUUUAAAAUUCUAAAUGGAAAAAUUUUAAUAGGACCUAAUGGCGGAAUUUUAAAAGAGAACAACUCGUGCAAAGCCUCUGGCAUAUUAAACAUGCAACUCCUUAAUAACACUAAGACCUGUAGUGGCAUAAUCCAAACAAACCAUAACUGUAAAGCAAAAACAAAUGUUGGGAAAGUACAAAAUAAAGAAGCCCAAAAGAAACAAUCUGGCUCUGACAAAAAAAGAAAACUAGGGGAAGAUGUAAGACACGUUCCACCUGAAAAGAAAAUGAGAAUGUUAGUUCCGUUGGUGAGAAGGUCAACUCUGAAUGUAGACAAAUACAAUAUGCUGAGGUCUAAGGUCAUAAAAAUUAAUAAAUGCUCUUCUGCCGAUGAAGUCAGGAGAAAGGCACAAAAAAUUUUACAGUUAAAUCUCUCUCCUGUAAUCAAACUCCACCCAUUGUCUUUUUCUGUCCAUUAAUAAUUUUCCAUGUUAAGAGGAUGAAGAACAUUUAGAUUUUUAUUUCUGAAGUUUAGCAGAUAUGACUACAAACAAUAAUCUCUGCGGAUUGUUAAAAUCCUUGUUCUGUGGCUCCUUUACUGUUUUUUUGUUGUUUUUUUUUAAUCGGCACAUGAACCUUUUAAGGGAAACAAAAAACAGCCAUGUCCAUGGAAAGUGAUGCUGAUAAAAUAGGGUUGAGUCUUUUUGGAAACGGUAAUGCUGUAUAGCACAUGGCAAUAUGUAUAUUUUGUGCAAUAGUUCAAACCAUGUUCAUAAGGUAUAUGCACUGUGAUAUUUUGCUUCAACUUCUAUAUUGAUUUUUAUUUUUGUGAUCCCGUUACAGGUGCCCUUCUUUGGUGUUGUAGGCACCUUCAUUUUUGCAAUCAUUCUGAAAUUUUUUAUUUAAUUUCUUUUCCGCUCAACCAUUUCUAGAGCUAUCCUUGCUAGACCUUUUUAAAGGGACACUAAAUGCAUUUAAUGCACCUCUCUAAUCAUGGGUGCCUCUAUUGUGGCACUGCAGGUGUCUGAAGGACAGUUGCUGUACAUGCCCAAACAUGUCGGCACUGAAACAAAUUUCAACAUGGCAGCACCCAUGAUUAGAGAAGGAAGGAAAUAUCUUCAGCACUAUGAUUAUAAAAUGUACUUAGUGUUUAAUGUUUCUUUAAGUACAUAGUCUUGUUAGAGCAAAACUGAUCUGCUGUAAUAAGGAAAUCUAUUAAUAUACAUAUAUAUUUCUUUACUAAGAAGUCUUUAGAAAGAAGCUACAUUUUUGUACUUUAUUUUUAUCUAAGAUUGAGCCCUUCAGUUUUUAUACAAAUUUCUAAUGUAUGCAUUUUUAUAAACCUGUCCAAACUGAAUGUGGUUUAAAGGAAUUCUUCCAACCAUAAAGAAUGUAUUCGAAAUUACACUUACCAUAUCCAUGAGCUCUGUAAUGAUCUCGCCAAUGCUAUAUUAAAUAUUUUUGUGUCACGAGUUGACAAAUUUUAUGUAAGUUAUAAACAGAGAAGCUGCUCCCUGGGUGGGUACCAUCCCAUAGGGUGGGCUAUUAAGCACCAUCUGUACCCAGCUUAGCAAUUUUCUUAUUUAAUUUAAAUUUCUAAACAAACAAGAAUCCUUAGGAUUCAGGCUUCCUUAGUAUUUCUGUCUCCUAAACUUGAAAUAAAUUUGACAACUCAUGCUGAGGCUUGGUUCCUUGAACACCAGGCUUACAUAGUUCUUUAUUUCAUGGGUACCAUGACUCUAAUGUGCUGAUAAUGCCAAAUAUUUUGUGGUGGUUAAGAUAUAGAUAGAGAUAUCUAUCUUUUUGUAAAAUUGCACUGGAACAGGGGACAAGUAAUAGUGUUGUGAAGUUUACAAUCACUUUAACUUGGCUAUUCUAUUUAAUUGAUUAAGGUAAGUGAUAAUCUCGGGAUAUUAUUUUUGGUGUAAGAAUUUCCCUUAUAAGGGUCACUACCUUAGAUUCAGAUGAUAUUUUUUUUAAUUUUUCUCCUAACAGAAGUGCAAAACGUUAUAAAUGCACUGGUCUUGCUUACUUAGUGGUUCCGUAUUUGGCUUUUAAGUGUGUCUGGAUGCGUAUCACUGGGAAUAAAUGUCUGUUGUGCAUAAUCAGUCUUAGAGCAUAUGGAAUACAGUUGUAAUAUUUAAGUAGAAAGUAACGUAGCUGCUAUUCAUCAAUAUCUCUUAAAUGUCAAAUGUCUUAUCUCUAAAAUUAAACUAUUCAAUUCUGAAAUAGCCUGCCAUAAAUAUCACCUUUCGUAAACUGAUUUGUGAGUAUUGAUGUGCACAAAACCACAGUGUAUUUGUAUACACGAUGCUACCAGCACCCACUUGUCAUUUCCAGAAAUGUCUAAAAAAAAACAAAAAAAAACAAUCUAGCAAACAAAAAAGUAUAUCUAUUCCCUAUGAAGAUGUGGCCUGUGAUUGGAUUAUACAAUGUAUACUAACCUUGCCAUCUGUAUCCUAUUUUGCCGUGUCAGGGGUGCAUGCAAGGUGUGCAACUCUUAGCACAAAAAUGUGUAAUCGCAGAUGAGGGUUUGAAAAAAGUAAACCGCUAACGAAAGCUUUGUAAUUAUUUGUUUUUAAAAUAUAUAUAUAUGUAUAUGUGUAUAUAUAUAUAUAUAUAUAUAUAUAUAUAUAUAUAUAUGUAUAUGUGUGUGUGUAAAAUGUCCUUUUUAGACAACCUAGGGCUGGUCUUGACAAAUCCUAGAAGGUGGGGCCAUGGCUUCAUAUAGCUAUAUACAGUUCUUUUUCAAGACUUCUAAAACAAAGCUUUCAAAAUUAGCUCCUCAAUACUCUGGUAAAACAAAAAAAUGCAUUUGUCAUCCCCCGGCCUAGGUAACCCUGUAUAACAAUACACCGAUCUCUGUUAUUCUGCAGCACUAAAUCACUGUAUGCCGCCACUUUAUAGGUAGGGACCUGACUGCUAACCUAUUUGACAGCCCUCUCUUCUCAUUGCUUUAUGAUGUUGAUCUCUGGUGCUAAAUGGACCCUGAACUGUCGGUAUGAGACUUGUUUUUAUAAACGGCCAGCGCAACAACUGAACGCACUUGUGUUACAUAAAUUAUAUUGCUUUAAUUAGGGGUGGGCAUUCAGAUGAUUCGAUAGCUUCCGAAUACAAAAGAAGGUGGCUGCUUUGGCUGUUUUCUGAGCCAUAUUCCAUCUUUGGAAGUGCAUCACACUACGUACUGUUCAAAUCCAGAUCUUAGUUUUUUGCACUUUCAGGAGGAGGAGACCGGCUCCGAAAAGAGCCAAACACCACAAGCGGCUGCUGCCUCCUUCCUUUAAAAGGACACUGAACCCAAAUGUUUUCUAUCGUGAUUCACAUAGCUCAUGCAAUUUUAAGCAACUUUCUAAUUUACUCCUAUUAUCAAAUUUUCUUCAUUCUUUGUAUCUUUAUUUGAAAGGCAAGAAUGUAAGUUUAGAUGCCGGCCCACUUUUGGUGAACACACUGUAUUCUUGCUGAUUGGUGGGUAGAUUCACCUACCAAUAAACAAGUGCUUUCCAUGGUUCUGAACCAAAAAAUAGCUUAGAUGCCUUCUUUUUCAAAUAAAGAAAGCAAGAGAACGAAGAAAAAUUGAUAAUAGAAGUAAAUUAGAAAGUUGUUUAAAAUUGCAUGCUCUAUCUGAAUCACAAAAGAAACAUUUUUUUGUUCAGUGUCCCUUUAAAUGUUAACUAAGCAUCCAAAUACCUAUUAAUUAUUUGAUAUUUAGAUGUGCUGCUUUUGUUAGAACACUUUAAUAUCAAGUUAGAUGGUGUAUACCAGCAGUGCAUCUCCUGACCAUCAACAAUAUUGUGUCCUGAUAUACAAAAGUUAAGCAAAUCUACUUAGCCAAUCAAUACUCUGUGCUGUCUGGUGAGGUACCGUUGCAAGCUGAGCUAGGGCUAACCUGUUCACUUUUAACAGCCUAAAUUGUGUAUGAGUUUAUGCAGAAUUGAAAUCUAUAGGGUCUGAGUAAUGGUUUAUGCAGAAUUGAAAUCUAUAGGGUCUGAGUAAUUUGAGUCUGUUUUUGUUUGAUUUUUAUAUUAUAGUUUCCAACUAUGAUAUAUCAGUAUAUGUUCAGUUAAUAUUCAUAAGGUGAGGGGGUCAUUAUAUUCUAUUGAAUGUGUGUUGGUUCAGUUAUAAAUGAUAUUCGUAGCUGCCCUAGGAAAUAGCAUUUUUACCUUUUAACCAGCAAUCUGUGAAGCUGUAUCCUGUCAACACCUGAACUCUGUACUUUUGUUUUUCAGCAGUGGGCAGAACCAAUGAGAAGGCUGACACCUGGCCCAUUCUGAUGUUCUGCCUGCAUCAUGAAAGAAAAACGUUGGGAUUUAUGCCCCUUUGAAGUUAAAACUUUCUAUUGCUAUGGCAGCUAAAAAGUGGAUUUUAUAGGCUUAAAAUAAUUAAGACACAAUCUUAGUAUACAAUGAUUGAAAAUUUUAUGUUUACUGCUCCUUUAAAGAAGGCCCCUUUGACGGUUUCUUUCCGUCUUAGCUGUCUGUCCCAGAAUUUGCAGGAAUAAGGUCCUGUUGUAUUGAGAUCUGCCGUGUAGCUACCCUUCUUUUGUAACCUAUUUUGCCAUGUCCGUUUGCUCAUCUCUGGCAGUUGGGAGGCUCACUAGAUAAAGGUUGUCUGUACUCUGAUGCAGGUUACUACCAUAUCAAUACAUUUUUGUUUUAUGCUAAAUUUUGCAUUCACAGUGUUAAUCAAGGAUGAAGUGUGUUAUUUCCAAAAAGUAUUUUUUUCUAAGUUAUUUGCAUUAUUUACUUUGUGUAAAUUGACUUCAACUCUCACAUGCAUUGUUUGCUUGUAAAAUAAAUAAAACGUCAUACUUGGUCA